AUGAACAAAAAGAUUGCCACUCUACAAGGAAUGACUUCGAUGGAAGGAGUAUGGGACAGUACGCUUACCCCCUUAGCACCCGAAAUUUGGGAAGCUAAAAUGCUCUGUCACGUCAUUGUUCCAAAACUGGAGAAGUAUGAAGGGUUGACCGACUCAUGUGACCACAUACAGGGUUUCAAGUCAAUGAUGGAGUGUCGGGGGGCAAGUGCCCUAAUAAUGUGUAAAAUCUUCCCUCCGACUCUUUUUGGGCCUGCAAGAACUUGGUUCAAUCGGCUACCAAGACACAGUGUGACCAGCUUUGGAGACCUUUCUGAGAAGCUCGCAGUAGAAGUAGCCAUUUCAGCAUUAGUAAGAACUGUAAGGGAUGAAGCAUAUGUAUGCUUGGUAACCAAGAAACGCCCAAAGACUAGGGGAGAACUUUAUGCAAGGGGAGAUAAGUUCAUACAGUCAGAAGACAUGAUGAAGAUCUCCCGGUUCUCUACUUCCUCAGCCCCUGCAAAGAAAGGCUCGAGCACCCCGAGAAGAACUGAGAGAAAUCUACCUCUAUCAAACAUGAAGCAAGAAAGAACUGAAGUAAGAAGUGAUAGGAGAAGAGAAAAACAAUCUAGUAAGAAGAUUGACCAGGGUCCAAUCUCUCGGUAUAGUUCUUACACUCCACUAAAAAAUUCAUUGCAUAAUAUCCUCCUAAAGGUGGGAAACAGAGAUAUAGUUAAGUGGCCUAAGAAAAUAAGAGCCCUGGCAGCAAAACGUACUUCAGAUAAAUGUUGUUUGUUCCAUAAAGAUCAUGGUCACAACACUGAAGAUUGUAGACACCUAAAGGAUGAGAAUGAAAGUCUAAUUAGACGAGGUUAUCUAAGGCAGAGAAGAAGGGAUAGGUCUCCUCGUCACCAGAAGGGGACAGUUGGAACGAUCGGAGUAAUCGUGGGAGGUUUAGCGGCAGGAGGAGAAAACUCCUCAGUAAAAAGGGCGUACACCCAGAUUAAUGAAGUUGAGAAAGAAAGAAAGAAGGCAAGAAGGGAUGAAGAUAAGAUAACCUUCAUAGAACGAGAUGCAUAA